UGAGAGUGGACAGAUCUGACGGAGUCAUGCAAGUCUCGUAACUAUCGAGUAACUUUGCGAUUCUGGAAGCAUGAAAAGCUUCAACAAUGGAGAUAUCCUCAAAGCUCCACUGUUCGUAAAGAUCUUGGGUUUCGCUUUCAUCUCAGUCGGGUUCUUCUAUUUCGGCAAGCAUUGGUCUGAUGGCUACCAACAGCUAGUUUUCUUCAACAAUCGACAAUCAACUGGUGAUGACCAAAUCCUUUCAGUCUCUAUUUCGCCCAAUGCCAACAAGGAAUUCGAUCUAUCAAUUCUCAUUGGUAACCAGACCGACAAUGUUCCCGAAAGAACGCUUCCUUUGAAUUCUACUCUGCAUGAGAGUUCCCCACCGUCUGAUCCGCCACCGUCUCCCCCUCCUCCUCCUCCUCCUCCUCCACCGCCGCCGCCGGCAUCUUUGGAGAGAUUAGGGAUUGUGGAUGAGAAUGGGACGAUGUCGGAGGAAUUCGAGGUCGGUGGAUUUGAUCCUGAUAUGGUUGAGAAUUGGGGGAAUGAUAACGAAACCAAAGAGAGCCAGAGCCAAAGUGUGAGUUCUGGGGUUAGAGUUAAGAGAUUUGCAUUGUGUCCGGAGAGCAUGAGAGAGUAUAUACCUUGUUUGGAUAAUGCCGAUGAGAUUAAGAAGCUAAAAACGACAGAGAGGGGUGAGAGGUUUGAGCGGCACUGUCCUGGAGAAGGGAGAAGUCUGAAUUGUUUGGUUCCGGCGCCGAAGGACUACAAGACUCCAAUUCCGUGGCCGAGAAGCAGGAAUGAGGUGUGGUUCAGUAACGUACCCCAUACACGUUUGGUUGAAGAUAAAGGUGGUCAGAAUUGGAUUUCAAGAGCGAAGGAUAAAUUUAUAUUUCCAGGCGGUGGAACCCAGUUCAUACAUGGGGCUGAUCCAUAUUUGGAUCAGAUUGCAAAGAUGGUUCCUGAUAUUACAUUUGGCCGUCAUACUCGAGUUGCCUUGGAUGUUGGGUGUGGAGUAGCAAGCUUUGGUGCUUAUCUUCUUUCACGCAAUGUGAUCACCAUGUCCAUAGCUCCAAAAGAUGUUCAUGAGAACCAGAUUCAAUUUGCUCUUGAGCGUGGCGUACCUGCCAUGGUGGCAGCUUUUGCAACACAUCGUUUGCUGUAUCCGAGCCAGGCUUUUGAUUUGAUACAUUGUUCAAGAUGUAGAAUUAAUUGGACCCGUGAUGAUGGAAUUUUGCUUCUUGAGGCCAAUAGGAUGCUUAGGGCUGGAGGCUACUUUGCUUGGGCAGCACAGCCAGUUUAUAAACAUGAAGAGAAUCUUGAAGAACAAUGGAAAGAGAUGGUGGACCUUACUGCUCGUCUUUGUUGGGACCUUGUGAAGAAGGAGGGGUACCUUGCUAUUUGGCAGAAGCCUUUAAACAACAGCUGUUAUGUCAGUCGUGAUUCUGGAGCCCAACCUCCAUUAUGUGAUCCAGAUGAUGACCCAGACAAUGUUUGGUAUGCUGGUCUGAAAGCAUGCGUCACUCGACUACCAGAGAAUGGAAAUGAAGCAAGUAUCCCAAUGUGGCCUACACGCCUGCAUUCUCCACCAGAUAGGCUUCAGACCUUACGAAUGGAUGCCUAUAUAUCUAGAAAUGAACUCUUCAAGGCAGAAUCAAAAUACUGGGAUGAUAUAAUAGAAAGUUAUGUUCGUGUUUUACGUUGGAAAAAAAUGAAAUUCCGAAACGUGAUGGACAUGAGAGCUGGGUUUGGAGGAUUUGCAGCUGCUUUAAUUGACCAAAAGAUUGAUUGCUGGGUGCUGAACGUUGUUCCUGUUAGUGGGUCCAACACAUUGCCUGUUAUUUAUGAUCGUGGACUUGUAGGAGUAAUGCACGAUUGGUGUGAGUCGUUCGAUACUUAUCCAAGAACUUAUGACUUCUUACAUGCAGCCGGUCUCUUCUCGGUUGAGAAAAAGAGGUGCAACAUCUCCACAAUCAUGCUUGAGAUGGAUCGGAUUCUGAGACCUGGGGGGCAUGUAUAUAUCCGUGAUUCUGUAUCAGUCAUAGAUGAAGUUCAGGAGGUUGGAAAAGCCAUGGGGUGGCACACCAUGCUACGCGACACAUCUGAGGGACCGCAUUCAAGUUGGAAGAUCUUGAUAUGUGAUAAACGUCUUUUGCGUGCUUGAAUGGGUGAGGCUUGUAAAGUGAAUUGUCAUCCACUAGGACAAUUCCAAGGCAAUGAUCAAGCAGACUCGAAGUAAUGCUUCACAAUCAUCAAGACUUUGCUGGGGAAAAUUGUUCCAUCAAGGACAUUCCCUGCCAACUACACCCAGGAUGCAUUGAGUUAGAUUCUAUAUAGCAGGAACCUGUGUAUCAAUCCAUUGUAAGUUCACCAAUAAAAAAUAAGUAAACAUAAGUUUUCCUUUUUAUAUUCUUUUUUAUUUUUUGAAUGUUCCGGUAAAUGUAAGUUGUUGUAAUCUUUAAUCAUUGUUAGCACGACAUUCGUAGUCACUAACCCUUUUUUUUUAGCACUAAAUUUAUUUUUCUUUCAAUUCUUUGAUCAAGAUUUAUGAUGAUCAAAGGUCCAA